UUGUGUGAACGAGUCGUUGGCAGAGACGUUUCUGAAAGCGGUUUUGGAGAAGAUCAAGGCGGAGAAAGAGUCUAUGGGACAUGAACUCCUGCAGUCUCUCUGUAGGGUUUAUGUGGGUUUGUGUCAAAAGAGAGGAGACUCUCAUAAAGCACAUGCCCUCGCCUACAGAUUUCUCAAAGAAGACUUUUCUCAAGCCCCAAAACUGAUAAUGGUCAUGGUGACAGCAUGGCCAAGUGUUUUCUCCUGUAACAGCCCUUUAUGCAGAGCCAUUCACAUCGUGUGCAAAAUGAAGGCAUACGGAAAGAUGUAUUAUUUGCUCAGCAAGUUUCUGCACUGGGAUACAGAGCCUCCUGGAGACCCCUACAGAGCCAUCACCAGCACACUGAAGGCUCUUCUGAAAGACAAAAGUCUGACUUUCCAGAAGAGCAGUUGGUAUGGUGAUGAUCUCUGUCCUGCUGCCUGGGACUACGUCUUCAGCCUGGACCUUCUCUGUGCACAACUGGGCUGGAUUUGGACCGUCUCCCAUGUUAUACGAAAAAGUGUUUGGCUCAUCUUGAACACGUGGCUGAAACAAACACAAACAGAGGAAACACAGUUCAGAAACGUCUCUGUAGCAGCAAUAUUCAGGCUACUUGGGCGACUUGGCCAAAAUGGCCUUAAGGAGAACGUGGCAGCAUCAGUGGAGGAUCUGGUGAAAAGCAUAACUGAGUUCAGGGGACAAAAUGAUUUGCCGUGGGAGGUGCAGCUCGCAGUGGUUUAUGCCACUCAUGAUUUGGCACCCAGCAACCCCAAAGUCGCUCUGAACGCUUUACAAUCAUGGAAGAAAGACCUCACAAAGCCCGUUCCUCCAGCCGUCCCCAAGUGCCUGAAGCAGAUCAGCUUUAUUUGUUCUCAGAUAAAGACAAAAAAAAUUAUUUCAUUAAAUAAUGUUUAAUAUAUUUUUAUUUUAUU